UGCAACCAGCUAUUACAAGCGACAGGACCCAGUUUUGCAAUGAGGCUUGCAUCGCUGUGCGUACUUGUCGCGCAGGCCGCAGCGCUGUCCGCGCCGCGCCCGCGCGUCGCCGUGGUAGGGCCGGCCGGCGACACGGUGGCCGACGCCGUCGCCGUCCGUUUAAAUGAUGCGGACGUGACGCGCUGUACGGACGGUAGCGCGGGCUACGUCGACGCGGCGGUGGUCUGCGCCGACGGCGGCGAGGAGAAGCUGAGUGCACUCGCGGAGCGCUGCGCGGGCGCGCGGGCGAUUGUGCUAGUGGCGCCGGCCGGCGCCGCGGACGAGGACGACGGCUUUUCGUUGCCAAACCCUUUGAAGCUGUUGGACGGCGCCGCCGAGACGAAUGAUGUUGAUGAAGUGGCGGAAAGAUGUCGCAAUGGCGGUGCAAGAGUCGCCGUCGUGCGGCACGGCCCCCUGUUCGGCGCCGGCGCGCGCGAUGCCGACGUUGUGGCUUUCAGUCAGGGGUUAAGAAGAGCCCCAACUUUAGUUGAUGAUUUCGGUCGAAGAGGCGCUAGAGUAGUAAGCGUCCAGCAGAACGAGGACAAGCAGGACCAGUUCCUCUCGACUGGUACUUGGUUAGGAUUAGGUGACAUGGACGCGGCACGGUCCGACGUCCAAGCGCGGGAAGGCAAGGCCGAGCCCCAGACGCCGGCGCGGCGAGGCGCCGUGGCGGACGCGGCCGCCGCGACGAUCCGAAGGUUCCAGGACCUGCCUGGCACGGUCGAAUUCGAAGUACGGAGCGGCUCGGGCUCAACGUCGCCAUCUCCCGAGGAGUGGGACGCCAUGGUCCUGGCCGUGUGUCGCGAGAGGUCUUCUCCGGAGGCGAUGGCCAAGCAACUACUCUCCACAAAAAUCUGGGACCCGGCGCAGCUCGGUGAUUGGUUGCGAACCGAGUGGGGCCCGAAGGCGCUCAUGUCGGUGGACGCGACGCUAGCUAUCCGAGGCGCGCGGCCCGUGGCCUUCGAGGCGCCCUCCGUCCAAGCGGAGGCUUCGGGGCAGUUGGGUGCCUUGCGGUGGGAGACGCUGGAAGACGACGGCAUCAAAAUCGCGGGGCGGCUGACCUUCACGCUAUCGGAUAACGUGCUGCGCGCGACGCGGGACGGCGGGCGGGAAUUGAGUGGAGAGGCCGAGCUCGUGGACAACUUGAUCGACGCCGUCGACGACUUUGGGAGAAGUAGAUGUGCUGAUGUUCAAGUGAAGGCCAUGGAAGAAAUGGCGCCCGAGGUCUUCGCGGCGCAGGAGGCGGCGCUUGUUGAGGAGGCCGCGCCCGCGCCCGUUGUCGAGGCGCCUGCGCCCGCGCCUGCGCCCGCCGCCGCGGCGCCUGUUGCCGCGGCGCCCGCCGAGGUGGCGCCGGCGGCGCCGAAGAAGCGGCGGCGCGCCGUCGCGAAGAAGACGGGCGCCGCGCCUUCGGCCGCCGCGCCCGCGCCCGCGGCUCCUCCGGCGGCCGCGCCGGCUCCUGUUCCGGCUCCGGCUCCGGCUCCUGCGCCUGCGCCCGCUGCCGUAGCUCCGGCGGCUCCGGCGCCGGCGCCCGCCCCGGCACCGCCGGCCGUCGAGGCCGCCCCGGCCGAGGUCAAGGCUGCAGUCGACGCCGCGGCGGCGGCCGCCCAGGCGAAGGCAGCGGCUGCUGCGCCGGCGCCGCCGCCCGCCGGCGCGGCGAAGAAGAAGAAGAGGCGGUCCGCAGUGAAAUCGCGCACGAAGAAGAAGGGUGGCGCUAGUCCGUAGGUGCUAAAAACUAGUCUCGACUCGGAAACCACCACCUGCGCCUCCGAGCCCACAGUGCCAACACCCGGGGCGACGGCGUAUGAGGCGUACGGCCUCGCGUCGGCUCCGCGGCUAGGUGGGAAAAUCACUGGCAAGGCAACCGUGGCAGGUACUAGUAAACAUAGCCCGAGCGACGGCCCGGUAACGGGGGAGCAAUAUCUCGCGGUGCUGUGAACGAGACAUCCCCAACUAAGAGAGAGCAAUAAACCCGCCAAGAAGUUACACACGGCGCCUACUUCUUGGGCGCGUCCGCCGGCGGCUCGGCCGGCUUCGCGCCGAGGAACGGCGUCGUCUCGCCCAUCGGUAAACCGGACAGGGCCGAGUAGAGGCCCGGGUACGUCUUCGCGUAGGUCUCGAAGUUGCCCGCCGGCGCGAGGUCCUUGCGCGCGACCGGCGACUUCUUCUCGAGGCGCAGGCGCUUCUCGGGGUACAGCGUGUUCCAGUUCGUCUUGGGGGCGAACUUGGCCGUCGACGUUUCCAAAUCUUCCCAGGGCAUGUUCGUGUACGAGUACUUGAGCUGGGUCGUGGACGACUCGUCCGCGGCCUCCUUGCGCGCGACGGGCUCCGUGCGCCGGAUCGAGUCGCCGGCGGCCGCGAAGGCGGGUACACUGGAUAGCGUCAUGGCGGCACCUAAAGCUGCGGCGCCGGCGGCCUUGGCCGCGACCUUGCCCGCGACCUGCGGCUGGUUCGGCGCGAGCGCCGCCGCGCCCAUCGCGAGCGCGAGCACGACCUUCAUCCUGUGCUGCCUGCGCGGUUUUUUAUUGUGAAUUGGCUGCGCGGCCAGCGCUGUCGACGGCUUCGGCGUAGCGUCACCGCUGGCGGCCUCGUUCCCGCGCUCUGCGCCUCCUGCUGGAGCAGCCCAGAGAACUGGGCUCCAGCUCGGCGUGUAGCGAUGCACCACAGAUUUCGGCUCGCUGCGGCAGAGAUGGGAUAGUACAGAAGUCCCCCGACAGUCGAACUAGUCAAUUAAUGCUCCGUAGCGCACGUAUAGGCCACUCUUGCGCCAAGUUGGCUCAAGAUCACGCAUAAAUUGGUACGGGUACGGUGCGAUCGACGUUAUUUCUCCUCCGCCCGUCCCAGAGCGCUGCUCCGAACACCAACCGACGCGUCGACGGGUGAUCUAAAUUUGAAGCUAGAGCAGAGCCCCUCUAGAGCCACAAACUUGGUUUUGCGGCCGCCGGCGUUCUAAUCGCGGCUAGCAGGCACCACACGGUGCCAGGGACGUCUCCGAGAUAGCAUCGGACCCCUGAAGCCCGCCGCCAGCCCACAAGCGCCGCCCGACACGCGAAAUCACCGAGAGAGAGCAGACAGAGCCAGAGCGCGGCAGAGAUUAACAUGGCCGCCGCAGCCUGCGCCCGACCAACACUCACGAGCCUCUGGCUCCCUUUGCUAGCCAGCUUCGGCCAAGCCGAAACCGAUAAACCUAGAUCACUAAGCCCAGCACAACGUCGAGGCUUAGCGUCCAUAAUAGCACUAACGUCCGAAGACCACGACGGCUGCGACUUGGACGAGAUCGUCGCCGCCGCGGACCGAGCCUUCUCGCAAGAAGCGUCGGACGAGGAACGACGGGCCAUGUGGUCCAUCGACGAAGGUAUAGAUAUAAGUGACGUGCGGAACCUGCGGAAGCGGGUCCUGCAGCGACUCGAGAGGGACGACUGCUCGGAUCGACGGGAACGGGCCGCCGUGGCCAUCGCGAACGCCUGCCUCCAAGGUAGUUCCGCCAGAUUCCAGCUCGAGGCUUCAGUCGCGGAUCAGUUCGCCGAGGCGUUCGGCGCGACGUGGUGCUAUGUUGUUGGUGUGGCUAUCCUCGCGUUGGCCGCGAUUGGUGCUUCUUCGUCCAUCGAUAGGUUCGUGGCCGAGCCUCUGUUAGGUUCUAGAACAGAAAGAGUCCCGUGUGCGUGUCGCAUCUGCGACGGGCGGUUAAACCUAGACGACAAGGUGGGAGAAGGCGGCUUUGGAAGCGUGUGGCGGUGCAAAGGAGAAGGAGUGGUAGUAAAACUGGUCCGUGUCGACUUGGAGAGAGACGUCAACGCCCUCAAAGGGGUACUAGAUGAGGCCAGACACUUGCUAGAAUUGCGGCAUGACCACGUCGUCGCGUAUUACGAUACCUUCGUCCACAGGGCCGUGAAGGGAUCACCUUUGAUAGAUGAUACGAGUACAAUCGCGGACUUUGCGUGCAUCGCCAUGGAGGACUGCGAAGGGGGGAGUCUGUUGGACCAUGUGGCGGCUUCUGGUGUCCCGUUUCCAUUAGACGUCGUAGUAGAA